UACCGGCAAUGGAGGAGUCUUCAGGUAAAUAAUAUUCUCUAACUUUUUUACGGUAGGUAAAAUGGAGUGCUGCUUCGUUCAUGACCUCGCGCAUUAAUCAGAGUCAUUUUGAAAAUAUGAUCUCGCGCUCAUUCGAUUCGUGAGAAUCAUCGCUGUGAUUAAUCCGUUACUCAAGCUUCACUGUCGAGUGACUAAUAAAACGUGUGAGUAAUUCACUGAACAAUUCAUUCAACGAACUACAAAUCUGCAUAUGAUAAUUUAAUAAAUGACUACUGAAUAAUCAUUCCAGGAAAUACGUUGACUUAUCUCGUGGAGUCAUUUCCGCGGGAUGCCGCAGUAUCCGUCCACCACGUCGAGCUCUCACUAGUUUUUCUUGGUUUCCAAGUCAUUCGAAAGUUAAGAAAUGAGGGCUUUGGAUUUUACAAUUGUUUUUUUGAGUGUUGUGGCUAUUUGUGUGGGUGAUGAUCAUCAAGAUGAGGUGGAAUGCGCCGCGCAGGUGAAGUGCGCCGACUGCAUAAAAACACCUUCUUGUGUCUGGUGUCCAGCUACAGGAUUAAAAGAGACAGAAAAAAUUCAAAACCGUUGCAUCCCGAGAAAAUUCCAUGAAAAACGAAUGCAAGACGGAAGAGACUGGUGUUUCGGUCAUCAAGUCAUCGACGAAGUCUCUUCAAUUACUGUUCAGAAGAAUGAGUCAUUGUCCUCGAAGAAGGGAGUGGAGCCGGUGCAGGUGCAGCCGCAGGAGAUUCACCUGAGGCUGCGAAAACAGGACGGAUUUCGUUUGAAGCUGAGAUACACUCAGGCCGAGGACUACCCCGUGGACAUGUACUACCUGAUGGACUUGUCCAGGUCGAUGUACCAGUACAGAGAGCACUUGUCCGAGCUCGGGGAAGAGUUGGCUACCACCAUGAGAAAUUUAACUUCAAAAUUCAAACUUGGAUUCGGCAGUUUUGUUGAUAAAGUUGCUCUUCCGAUGACGGAUACUUCUCCAGCUAGAAUAGAAAGACCAUGCAGUGACUGCGCCCCUCCUUACGGCUACAAGCAUCAGAUGCCCCUGAGUGACGAUGACAAAUUAUUCACUAGAAAAGUGAAGGCGGCUCCGAUUUCCGGAAAUCUUGAUGCCCCAGAGGGUGGAUUUGACGCCCUGAUGCAGGCGAUGGUCUGCCCUGAGAGAAUUGGAUGGAGUGAAAAAGCUCGACACCUUCUUGUCUUCUGCACAGACGCCAGUUCACACAUGGCUGGUGAUGGUAGACUUGCGGGAAUCAUCGAACCGAAUGACUGCGAAUGUCACUUGGAUUCAUCCGGAACCUACAGCCACUCGCUCCUCCAGGACUACCCAUCACUCGCUCAAAUCCGUAAACAGGCCCGAGAACGCAAUAUUCACAUAAUUUUCGCAGUGCCUGCGACAAAAAAUACAACUUACCAGUUGUUGAGUGAAAGUAUUCAAGACUCUGCUGUUGGCAUCAUCGAAAAAGAUGACAGGUCAGCUGUCAUCGACCUCAUCCGAGACGAAUAUAAGAAAUUAGUGACUUCUGUGACUUUAAUCGACACGGCCCCAGACUUCAUCGACAUAAAAUACUCAUCAUCGUGCCUGAGUGGAUCUGCAAAGAAGGAAACAGACUCCUGCGAUGGACUCCACUACAGCGACGUCGUGGAGUUCGACAUCGUCGUGACAGUCACCGAAUGUCCCACGGACAAGAGCCUCCUGAAGGGGUCCUUUUUCAUAAGACCCCAGGGCUUAAACGAAAACCUUAAGAUCCACUACGAAUUAAUCUGUGGGUGUCCCUGCGACGAACCAGGAGCUCCCGGUCACGUACCGAUGGCAAAAGAAUGCAAUUACAAUGGCACAUUGAUAUGCGGUGUGUGCGCUUGUCGCGAGGGUUUCUACGAUGAUGUUUGUGCUUGCACCGGUGACGAUGCAGCGAUCAAACAAAAUUCAAUAGAAAAAUGUCGAGCACCAAAUGACACGUCCAUCUGCAAUGGUCGUGGUGCAUGCAGAUGUGGCAAAUGCACGUGUUCACCUGGUCCAUUGCCAAAUCAACAGUACUCCGGACCUUUUUGCGAGUGCAGCAACUUCUCCUGCAAGCGGGUAACCGAAGGUGGUCGUCAUCGGAUUUGUAAUGAGCAUGGCGAGUGCGUAUGCGGCACGUGCAAGUGCGAUAUAGGAUGGAGCGGUACAGCUUGUGAAUGCAGGGACAAAGCUUGUCUUCCACCUGGAAAGAACACGGAAAUUUGCAGUGGUCGGGGCAAGUGCAAGUGUGGAAAGUGCUUUUGUGAUCCACCGAGCAUUUAUUCUGGGGAAUUCUGUCAAAAUGCUUAUUGCGAGGACCCCAAAGCUUGUUCUGGCAGUGACUGUGAUAUUCUAAAAGACUGUGUAGAAUGUGUCGCCUAUAAAACUGGACCUAAAGCUCAGGAAAAUUGCGGUGGAUGCGACGAUGAAAUCUAUCUGGUUGAUAAAGUUGUAACGAGUAGAGAAGAGCAUGCGGCUGGCACUCGUAUGUGCUGGGUACCUUCUGAAGACGGUUGCACAUUCGCCUUCAAGUACGCACUCCUCCGAGAAGGGGGUGACCAGAAGCUGUACAACAUAACAGUGGAAAGCACGAAAAAGUGUCCGGAGCCAGUGCCAGUGCUGGGAGUGGCCAUCGGGGUGGUAGUUGCUACUGUACUCCUGGGGCUGCUGGGUCUCCUCCUCUGGAAAGUUCUCACAACUCUGCACGACAGGAAGGAAUACGCAAAAUUCGAGAAGGAGAGGUCUUCGGCUAAAUGGGGAAGAGAUGAAAAUCCUCUCUACAAACCGUCGACGACGACUUUCAGCAAUCCAACUUUCGAACAGACGAGUAGACAAGACUAAUAUUAGAUUAGGGAGCAGUUAUUCGGAGAAUUUUUUAUUUAUCGCUGGAUGCUUCAUCCGUUUGUACCAAAUAUCAAUUACGAAUCAGUAAAUUCGGAAUUUGAAACCCAUUACAUAUA